CGCCCCCUUUUGACAAAAAUAAAAACAAAAAUCACAUGCUGUAGCCAGGAAGAGGUGACCUUCUACAAGGUCGAAAACCUGUGACCAACGCUGCCCUUCAUGCAUUGAGGGGUUGGGUUGAGUUUACAACAUUCUUCUGCAAUGAGGAGCCGUACAAAUUCUGGAGUCCGUCUGGACUAUCAUUACCAGAGAUUGGUGCACAAACUUAUUUUAGAGCACCAGAAUCCUGUUACUGGCUUGUUUCCUGCCAGUCCUGACAAUAGCCAUGCAUGGAUCAGGGACAAUGUCUACUGCAUUCUCGCUGUGUGGGGCCUUUCAAUGGCUUACAAGAAAAACGCCGAUAUGGACGAAGAUCGAGCGAAAACUUACGAGCUUGAGCAAAGUUGUGUAAAAUGCAUGAGGGGACUCCUAAUGGCAAUGAUGCAGCAGAAGGAUAAAGUCGAGAAGUUCAAGAUCAGUCAAAAUCCAUUUGACUCGCUUCACGCAAAAUACAGUAGCACAACUGGCCAGUCCGUCGUAGGUGACAGCGAGUGGGGUCACUUGCAAAUUGAUGCUGUUUCUCUUUACCUUUUGAUCUUAGCCCAGAUGACUGCUUCAGGAUUGCAGAUUGUUUUCACUCUUGAUGAGGUAGCCUUUAUUCAGAAUCUCGUUUUUUACAUUGAAUCUGCUUAUUGUGUCCCGGACUAUGGCAUCUGGGAGAGAGGAGACAAAACCAAUCACGGCUUGCCAGAACUGAACGCCAGCUCCAUCGGCAUGGCCAAGGCUGCCCUCGAGGCAAUGAACGAGCUUGAUUUAUUUGGUGCUAGAGGUGGUCCGUCCUCUGUCAUUCAUGUUCUCUCAGACGAGGCUCAGAAAUGCCGUGCUGUCUUGCAAUCUAUGCUACCAAGAGAGUCAAGCUCCAAAGAGCUGGACAGUGGUCUCUUGGGCAUCAUCAGUUUUCCGGCUUUUGCUGUUGACGACGUUGAACUCAUCAGACUCACAAGAGGGGCCAUUGUCAGCAGGCUGCAGGGCCGCUACGGCUGCAAACGUUUCCUUCGAGAUGGCUACAGAACUCCUAAAGAAGACAUGAACAGAUUGUAUUACGAGCCCUGGGAGCUCCGUAUGUUUGAAAACAUUGAGUGCGAGUGGCCUCUGUUCUUUUGCUACCUCAUUUUGGACCAUCACUUUCAGGGACAGUCAGAAGUAGCCAGGGAAUACACAGAAAUGUUAGAAGAUAAAAUGAUUCAAACUGAUGAAGGCUUCAGUUUGAUUCCCGAGCUCUACGCAGUCACUUCUGAUGGUGUUGCAGAUGAGUACAAAAAUCCAGGCAGUCAGCACAGGGAAGCUGUUGGAAGGUGUCCAUUUUUGUGGGCACAGUCCUUGUACAUCUUGGGAAAAUUGUUACAAGAAGGAUUUCUUGCUGUUGGAGAACUGGAUCCUCUGAAUAGACGACUUUGUUCUGAGAAGAAGCCAGACGUGGUUGUUCAAGUUGUCGUCUUGGCUGAAAAUGAAGAUAUAAAAGAAAAAUUAGCCGCACAUGAUAUUCACGUCCAAACUAUCGCUGAGGUUGCUCCCAUUGAAGUACAACCAGCCAGGGUGCUCAGUCAUCUUUACACUUAUUUAGGCCGAAAUCGCAAACUUGGGUUGUCUGGAAGAAAAUCUCGAGACGUUGGCAUUUUGAGCACAAGCAAACUUUACUCUUUGCAGGACAGGCUAUUUGCGUUCACUCCUCAGUUGACAGAUUUGCAAAAGUUUUACAUUGCCAGUGACAACGACCUAAUGAUUGACAUUUUUAAAAGCGAACUAAAUUUCUUGAAAUCCAGCUGGCAAAAUAUGCUUGGAAGGCCACUGGUAGUUAUGGGACUUAGGAACAUGCAUUUGGACCAAGAUAAAGUCCCCCUUGGUAUGUUAAAUACAAUCAAGAAAUUAAAAAGUGGCUACAUCAAUGGAACGAGGGUGGCGCUUGGCAAUUUAGGUGACUUUGUCAACACAUCUUGCAUCACUAAUUUGAGCUUUUUGGGCAGCCAAGAGGAUGGAAUGCCUGAUAAACUGAACCCACAAGUUGAGAACUACCUGAAUGAUCAUUUGGUCAAAUCAUUGUCUGCGAGGCCAAAAAUCUUGGUGCAACCAAGUAGGAGAAAUUCGAGGCCCAUAUCGAUUCAAAGAAAAGAGUCGGUGAGAGGACUAGUGAAGAAAACAAGAUCCAUCAAAGUGGAUGGAGAGCACACAGACAGAAGGAUUUCUGUUUAUGCAUAUCCACCGUUACCAGAAGCAGAGAGGAGCCCAUCUCCAACAGAGGAAGACUUGAGCUGGAAAACAAGCGGUGCAAGACAGAGGUGCAUUUCUGAAUCACAUUAUGCCGAUGCUGAAGUUGAGGAGAUGAUGAUAAUGCUGCGAGAUACAGAAAACUUAGAGGAACAGGGAGAUAUUUUACAGUAUCUUGUUGACACACAUGGAAUCGAUUUCAAAACUGGAGAAACUGACGAUGGUCAAGAUGUUUCUGUCAAGGAUCACAUGAAAGUCUUAUUCGAAAAGGCUUGUCAGCAAAAAUUGUGGAGCAUUGUGCGCCACACUGCUGGGAUGCUUGGAAAGCGAGUAGAAGAUUUGGCCAAAGCUGUGACUGAUCUUUUGGUGCGGCAGAAACAGAUCACUGUUGGCAUGCCACCAGCUAGUGAACACACCAUCACAGCUCCUCUCCCAGAGGCAGACCUGCGCCACCUUAUUCACCAAGCCCAUGGUGAUGAUGAAAGCACUGCCAUGCUGACUCAGGAGCUUCUCAUUUACCUAGCAAUGUUUAUUCGAACUGAGCCACAGUUGUUCCAUGAGAUGCUACGACUUCGAAUCGGAUUGAUUAUUCAGGUUAUGGCCAAGGAACUUGCUAGAAAUUUGAAGUGCACAGGAGAAGAAGCCUCAGAGCAUCUUCUCAACUUAUCUCCGUUUGAAAUGAAAAAUUUGCUGUACCACAUUGUUAGUGGCAAAGAAUUUGCUUUAAACUCUGUCGCUGGAGGAAACUUCUCUGUCAUCAGCAGCAAAUCAGGAAAAGUGAGCAAGAGGAGCCAAAUAGGUAGCCUCGUGGCUAAAGACGAUACGGAAGACUUGGAUUCCGAUAAACAGGGCCAGUGGCUUCGUCGCAGGCGCCUUGAUGGUGCGCUAAACAGGGUACCUCGGGGAUUUUAUUCCAGAGUGUGGUCCGUUUUGGAAAGGUGCCAGGGUCUUGCUGUUGAAGGUAGGGUGCUGCCUCAAAAUCUAACUCAAGAGAUGACGCCAGGGGAGCUGAAAUUUGCCCUUGCAGUGGAGACAGUUUUAAACUCUGUUCCGCUGCCAGAAUAUCGACAGCUGAUUGUUGAAGCGAUGAUGGUUCUCACCCUUUUGACAGAACACAACGUUGCAAACCACUUGGGUGGAAUAAUAGCCGUCGAGCAUCUUGUGCACCGCGCUAAUCAAAUUUUCCUUGAGGAUCAGAUGAAGGUUAACGGGGAUGCAACUCUCUGCUGUGCAAAAACUGUGAAGGAAACAACCUCUAGUGGAGGACUCUUGUGCGGAGGCGCUGCAUAUAUUUGUCAGCACUUUUACGAUAGUGCCCCAAGUGGAAGCUAUGGCACUAUGACCUACAUAACAAGAGCUAUGGUCUGCUUGCUUGAUUGCCUCCCAAGAGAAGGAGAUAUGGAUUGUGUUAUUAGUUAAAAAAAAUAACAGUGCCGUCUUGAAGUCAACUUACAAAUUUUAAAAGAAAGCAACUUAUAUAGCCUUGUUCCAUCCUGUUUUUCAUGAGUAUCAUUAUAUAAGAAAUUUAACUGCGGUUAUUUAAUUGUGUGCCAUUUAGCAAAAGUCUUCUCAUUUCUCAAAUACCACUUUUUCAUCUUCUUAAAAUGCGCCAAUAUUUCAAUUUUUAAAAAUACCAUUAUACUCAAUAAUCGAUCAAUUAUUGUACCAUGGGCUCCACCUGAGGCGCACCGCUUCGAUCGUUUUCAUUUUUAAUUCAGAUCAAAUUUAAUUAGAUAAAGUCCAAAUUUUACAAGAUCAAUUAAAAUAAAUAAUAAAUUAAACCAGAGAAGGAGAAAAUAUAAAUACUGAGAUAGCGACAAAGGAAUUGCCCUAAGAAUUCAUAGCUGUCUCAUGCAGCUAACUGCAUGAAAACAUCGAUUAAAUUAUCAGCUCAAAUAAAUAUAUUACAGGUUUAAAAAAAAAUUGAUUUGUGGUCAAUUUUGAUAAUCUAUUAA